CCCUUUCUUUUUCACCGCGUCGCACGACCCCGACGCGAUGCACUUCGUGCUCCUCCCCUUCCCUUUUUUCCACAAUCUGCACCCGGUCAGCCAGACAGCCCUCCUGCUCGCAAUUGCGAACGCAUGCUACCUGCAAAAACGCGUGCGCGCGCCCGUGUACGCGUUGUUCGGCCUCGGGAUCGCGUGGUACACCGUGCGGCCGCUGGCGGGGUACGCGUUCAUUGCGUUCAAGGCGCUUGCGAUGUUCGGCUUCUACGUCCAUUUCUUUCUGAUCGCGAUCCGGUACAUUUCGCUCACCGUAUAUGCGCUGCUCGACCAAGUCGGAUUCUGGGACGCGCAGAGUGGGGAUGGAGAUAGGGGAUGAUGGCGUGGUGUGAGCGGUGGGCGGAGCGGUCGUGCACCGAGUGUGUGGUCAGAUGGAAUUCAAUAACUUAUCAUCUCGUGUAUUUCUUAUCCACAUCUUGCAUCCAACAAUCGUCGACUCGAAAUGCCAAUCAGCAGCCCCGUUUGUCGAGUCGUUCGUCCUCGAGCAAGCUCGACGUCACGUGCUCUCAUCUGCCCUCCCAGAUGUAGCCUUGGACGGUCGGUGGGAUUGCAGGCAAAAAAAAAAUGCAGCAAUAAUGUUACUGCUGAUCAGCGCCUACAGCUUGGAGGGUAUUGCCCGUUCUGGCAGAGGAUCCCACUAUUGACCAUGCGUCGGCUUUCUCCCUUGCCGUCAAACCACGAUUCGCAGUUUCCUGGCGCCACUUGGAACCCGCUGCAGACUGGUGCGGAAAACUUGCAGAGAAGGACAUUGGGAAAGGGACAAUGAAGUGACAUGGGCUGGAAUCCGGUAUUCAAGAUUUAAUGGCGUACCUCAUGUAUAUGGGAGGCAUCAACUCCUCUGAGCAACCCAGUUCGGCUCUUUUCUCGCCCCCGAAGGAAGGCUCGAUCGCCAUAUAGUCGUUCGUGUUCUCUCGUGGCUUUUCGUGAAAAGUUCGUUUUGUCCGACAAACAGGUGUCUGGUCCGCGCCUCGAUUGAACUGCUCUGAGCGAUAGACCUCAUAUCGGAUGUCGACGAAAAACAGACAUAGGAAGUCGUACGGGCAGAAAUUCCUGGUAAAGGGAUGGUGAGCAUAUGAAAAAGAGAUCCGGGAUCUCUAAUAUCCCGAGAUCCGGAUGCGUCCAGUCCCGCACUGCGUCGUCACUCCCGAAAUCCAGGGGUGCACACUGCAUGCACUGAUGGGAUCAGUGAUCGGCACUCCGCUUUAACCUAUCAGAGCCUUGAAUAGACCUGGACCUCCCAUUCCCGACCUCCAAGGCCGAUCUACGCCGGUCGUCCAGCGCCUGCCGCACGCGUUCGUAGGAUACUCUGCCGCGUCGUCCCUGCGAACCGGUGCCCACGUUGUUACAUUUCACUGAAGCACACAAUGUGAGGUGUCAUCAUCCUUGACCAAGACGGGCGGGGUCUAUCCGCUGGGCCCACCCAUGCCCUAGCGAGUGUGCCGAGUGACGCGUCGAGUGGCUGAGGCUAGCUCGAGUUCGAAAUAUGCAGUGUGUAUAUAAGACCCCGGGUUGUCCUGCUGCAGUCAACACAAUCCGAAACCUCCUUUCCAGCGCCUGCAAAAUCAACGAUGUCUUCGACCCAAACCACCCCCCAAAGACGCGUCGGAUACGGUGCGCGUUUUCUAUAUCUGAUGCGCCCUUCCGUACUCACUGCUGCUCCUGCCGAACAGUGCGCCUCGGCAACUCAGGCCUCAAAGUCUCGCAGAUCAUCUUGGGCUGCAUGUCGUACGGCUCGCCCGAGUGGCGCUCGUGGAUCUUGGACGAGGAGGAGACGGCGAAGCACAUCAAGCACGCAUACGAGGCGGGGAUCCAGACGUUCGACACCGCGAACGUGAGUCGCCCGUUUCUUUCGCGGUUUCGUGCGCGGUUUCGUGCGCAGCGUGUUGAAUGAUGACGCGCAGGUCUAUUCGAACGGGAUGAGCGAGGUGGCGCUCGGCAAGGCCAUCAAGAAGCUGGGUCUGCCGCGUGAGGAGCUUGUGAUCAUGACCAAGGUCCGCCAUCCCGUCGGAAAGACCGCGGACACGAACGCGGUCGAGCUUUUCGUGAAGGGGCCGGAUAACUGCGGUUAUGUGAACCAGCACGGGCUCUCGCGCAAGCACAUCUUCGACUCUGUGCAGGCGAGCUUGAAGCGGCUGCAGGUUGACUACAUCGAUGUGCUCCAAUGCCACCGAUUCGACUAUGCCACACCGAUCGAGGAGACAAUGAAAGCCCUCCACGAUGUCGUUCAAGCGGGCUACGUCCGCUACAUCGGCAUGAGCUCCUGCUUUGCCUGGCAGUUCCACGUUAUGCAGAACUACGCGAUCACCAACCACCUGACCCCUUUCAUCUCCAUGUCGAACCAAUACUCCCUACUGCACCGAGAGGAAGAACGCGAGAUGAUGCCCACUCUCAAGCACUUUGGUGUGGGGUCCAUCCCCUGGUCUCCGCUCGCCCGUGGCGCUCUGACCCGUCCGUACGCCCCGCCCAGCGCUGAGGCCGUCCAAGCCAUGGCGAUGAUCAAGGCGGUCUUUGCUGCCCCCGGCUCGAAGCCAAAGCAGCCGUCUGCCCCUCCUUCGCAGCAGUCCGCCGCUGCCGUAGCUACCGAGACCGCCGAGCAGGCCCGAGUCCGCUCGGCUCGGGAGGACAGCGACGAGCUGCCCGCUGAUGUAUACUUCGCGUUGAGCGAUGGCAGCAAGCCGAUCGUCGAGCGCCUCGAGGAGAUCGCGAAAAAGCACAAGGCGACGAUGGCCCAGGUGGCGCUGGCGUGGGUCAUGGCCAAAGACAGUGUGUCUGCGCCGAUCGUCGGCACGACCUCGCUGAGCAAGCUGGAUGACCUCAUCGGUGCCGUGAAUGUUCACUUGAGCGAGGAGGAGAUGGAGUAUUUGGAGGAGCCGUACAAGCCCAUGGGGCACCUCCUGUACAACUAGGACGUCUUUUCCAUACAGCGAUCUACCCUAAUCAGAGUUCCAUUUUAUUUAA